AUGGCUUUGCAGGUGGUGCAAGCACUCUUUUUGAAAUGGUGUGAGACUCCUCAGCAAUCAAGGCUACAAGCCCUAAUAACACGUGACAACAUCCUCACCUCGGAGUCUUUCGAGCAAAGCUCAAAGGAGCUUAUCUCAUUCGCCACCAUUUCGAUAUUCAGUGGUCAGCCAGUUGUUGCAAAUAGACUGUUGGAGAAAGUGUUCCAAGUCCCAGGGUUCACAACUUCGCCCGAAGAACAGUUGAUUUUUGAACUCUUCUGGCACUCAUUCACCGGAAGGCCUGCCAAUACUCCAUGGAAUGCAUGGGAUAAGCUUCCAAUGAACGGGCCAAAUCGGCCUCGCAGUGCUACAUUUCCCCUGCAUGUCUACUUCAUCUUGGCAAACUAUCUGGGUCAUCGAGAGAAGGCUAGAGAGAUCCUGAGGUCAGAAAGCCAACAGCAUCAAUUCGAUUUCCCCGCUUUCCUGAACGUCCCAGAAGUGUACAAAUUCAUGGCAACUUCAAUUGAAGACCCUCUAGCCAAGAUCUUGGAUGAAAGUGUAAUUAGGGAAACAGAAACGAUCCUACAUGCCGCCCUGGAUGCUCGAAUGAAAUCUGGGUGGAAACGACCUUUGCACGAUAUCUCCAUGACGGAGCUGCUUCGCCGCUUCUCCGAGGCAGCCUUCUUUGUGCACCAAGACGAGUACAUGGAGAAUGACAUUCAGAGCUCCAAAGACAUCCUCUGCUCUCCACUCACACUCAAUGAAAUUGAAGACAUUGAGAUAAAACUGGGAUCACUACCAACAGAUAUCAAAGAAAUUGCGUUGGUUGCUGAUGGCUUUCACGGCGGCUGGGAUUUCGCAGGUGGCUGGCCUGGCAUUCAGCGCUUGCACAAAGACUGCGCUGCAGAAUAUGAAACGUUCCUAGGAUACGAUCCUCCACCUGUUCAGGAGACACAAACAAUCUAUCGAUUGGAUGGAAGUACCUAUGAGGUUACUGUGAAUGUUAUUCGCUCUAGUACAAGAGAAGAAUGUUUAAAAAGGGGGUGGGGAGAUGUUCUUGUUGGUGAACGUGGCAGAGAAUGUGAAGAGUUUGUACAUGUGCUUUGUCCUCCAAGUGUCUGGGAAAAGUAUCAAGAGAGCAAAGGCAUUCGGGUCAAACAGGGAGAGUAUGCUUACGUGAGCUACGAUCAUUUGACAGAGGGCGGCGAAGAAGUUUAUGGUUCUGUGAGAGCUUGGAUUGCAGCAGAGACGUUGGACCUUGAGAGGUAUGUGGCAGUGGGCAUAAGAGCAGAACGCCUUGAAUGAGAGAUCGCCAUCGAUACAUGAAGUCAGAUGGGAAUCAAGGCUCACACUAGUAGUUUUGAGAGGAAG